AUGAUGUUGGUGUUGGGCUUUCCUUUACAAUGGAUUUCAUGGAUUAUGAAAUGUGUAACUACUGUAUCAUAUUCUAUCAUUAUUAAUGGUGAGCCUAAAGGUUUUUUCCGUCCAUCCCGUGGAUUAAGGCAAGGAUGCCCACUCUCUCCUUACCUAUUUUUAUUUUGUACAGAAGGUUUUAGUAAUAUUCUUAAUCGAGCAAACCUAGAAGAAUGUGAUGUUUUUAUAGAAAUUUUAUGGUUAUAUGGAAAUGCUAGCGGUCAACUCAUUAAUUUGGAGAAAUCGUCAUUGUUUUUUAGCAGCAAUAUACCGACAGAUCUGUGUAGUGUUCUGGCUGAUAAAUUGCAAGUGGGUAGUGUGGGUUUGCAAGAUAAAUAUCUCGGUUUGCCAUCUUUGAUAUCGAGAUCCAAAGCACAAAUAUUUUCAGAUAUUAGAAAUAAAGUAUGGAGAGGGUUGUUAACUGCCCGUAAUGCGCUGAAUUUAGGAAUGUGUUGGCGUGUUGGUACUGGGGGAAUGAUAUCUAUCCGGGAGGAUCCAUGA